AUGGUUCAACGUGUCGAUGCUCUACGUUAUAUGACGCUGGAGAAACAUGGGGGGGCUGUUCUCGACUUUGAUCUGGCCUGCAAACGGUCCCUCGAGCCCCUUCGUCAGUUUGAUUUUGUCGCGCCGGCUGCCCAUCCGACGGGUUUCUCAAUUGGCAUGAUGCUUUCCUCGCCUAAUAACCCCUUUGUCAAAUCCCUCAUCGAGAGUUUACCUAUGUUCAACCAUGUAUGGCCGCUUCUGCCGUAUGUGACAGUGAUGUUCAGCACAGGCUGCCACUAUGCUUCGACCGUGUACACACUACAAAAAAAACAAUCGAGCCUUCGCAUUCUCUCCGGGACCCCCGAUCAACCAUCCAUGCAUAUGUUGAACGGAUAUGUCGAUACUCCCCUCUUCCGCCAUCUAGGAUCUUCCUCGUGGCACACAAAAGACGCGCGACUCAUACUGCUUUUCAAAAAUGUCGAUCCAAAGCUUGUCUUUGCUGCUAUGCUAAUUGUGGUUGGGGCCUUGGGUCUACUGAUCUGGUGUACCUGCUCGGCACGACAUCGUUCGUCACGACGAGAUGUCGAAUCUCACUCGGGGAAUUCUCCCCUCAAGCCUCUGUGGAAGAACACGUAG